GGACCUAAAAUCCGAAUUCCUAACAUCAAAGAUUCAAAUCAAAAUCCCUAAAAUUCGCUAGUCGUGGACAGCGAUUACCGCCGGGACCGAUCGGCGCCUCUUCUGCUUCUUCUGUGAACGUCUCCGACUCUCCGUGCUCUCCAGUCUCCGGUGGACCAAUUCUCCUCUCGCUGUCUGUCUUCGAGUCUCGACGGCGACUAGCCGCUUCAGCGCAGUUGUUCUCGCCAACCGAAGCCGCUCAGUAGCACAGUCUCCGGCUUCCAGUAGAAUCUCACCUUUGAACCGAAACUGUUUCUGCCGCCGGAGCCGCCAUGAGUAACGAUCCUGCAAAUGAUCCCCAAAAUGCGUCGUCCUCGAGCUCCCAAGAAGCCGAUAAGCCACCGAUCGAACCCAUUCGCCUCCCAACAGUCGAGGAAAUUCGAGGCCAGGACAUUUGGAACAACUGCGCCGUUCGCAGCGUCUCCAGCGGCGUCAUGGGAGGGGGACUAGGAUUGUUCAUGGGUCUGUUCUUAGGUGCACUGGACAAUCCUAUAAUGCAAGAUGAAAUGACUGCCAGGCAACAAAUUGUGUUCCAAGCAAAGCAGAUGGGUAGGAGGAGUUGGAGUUCCUGCAAGACCUUUGCGGUUAUGGGUUUCAUUUUCUCAGCUGCUGAAUGUGUUAUUGAGAAGGCACGGGCAAAGCAUGAUACUACAAACACAGCAGUUGCUGGAUGUGUAACGGGAGGCACAUUAUCAGCCAGAGGAGGUCCAAAGGCCGCGUGUGCUGGUUGUGCUGGCUUUGCUGCAUUCUCAGUCGUGAUAGAGAAGUUCUUAGAAAGGUACCACUAACAAUUUGCAGAUUCAUACGAGACACAGAGAGUUGUAGCCAAGCGAGAUAUCGUGACUAGCAUCAUUCUUUUUUUCCCCCAACAUUAUCGUUGAUUAAUUUUUCUCCUUAGAAGAGGGACCUCAUUGAAAGUGUUAUGUACCUUAAAGAUCUACCAUUAGCACAACUUCUCCCUGGCCUGGGGAAAGUUGAGGUGAUCACAUAAAGCUUUGAGAUCAUUACAGACAUUCAUUACGUAUUACAACAAAGUUGUAUUUUUCAGGGUAUGGAAGGAUUCAUGUCCCAUUU